AUGGUUUUGCUAAAAGAUUCUGAGCUAGUAUGGAUGAAGCUCAUGCAAGAGUAUGGAAUAAUACGGGUCUCUGGUGCAGCAACUUAUAGCCUUGUGUCCUGGAUUAAAACAAUCAAAGCUCAUCGUGUGGUGCUGCGUAUUCAGCACUACCGUGCAAAAUUACUGCUGUCUCCCUUGGCGCCAGCACAAAUUGAAGUGAUACCAUGCAAAAUUUGUGGCGAUAAGUCCUCUGGGAUCCACUACGGAGUCAUCACGUGUGAAGGCUGCAAGGGAUUCUUUAGGAGGAGCCAGCAGAACAAUGCCUCUUACUCCUGCCCGAGGCAGAGAAACUGUUUAAUUGACAGAACCAACAGAAACCGUUGCCAACACUGCCGACUGCAGAAGUGUCUUGCCCUAGGAAUGUCAAGAGAUGCUGUGAAGUUUGGGAGGAUGUCCAAGAAGCAAAGAGACAGCCUGUAUGCUGAGGUGCAGAAGCACCAGCAGCGGCUGCAGGAGCAGCGGCAGCAGCAGAGUGGGGAGGCGGAAGCCCUCGCCAGGGUGUAUGGCAGCAGCAUCAGCAACGGCCUCAACAACCUGAACAAUGAGGCCAGCGGCACAUAUGCCAAUGGACAUGUCAUUGACCUGCCCAAGUCUGAGGGUUAUUACAACGUGGAUUCCGGCCAGCCGUCCCCCGAUCAGUCAGGACUUGACAUGACUGGAAUCAAGCAGAUAAAGCAAGAACCUAUCUAUGACCUCACAUCCGUACCCAACCUGUUUACCUAUAGCUCUUUCAACAACGGGCAGUUAGCACCAGGGAUAACAAUGAGCGAAAUUGAUCGAAUUGCACAGAACAUCAUUAAGUCCCAUUUGGAGACAUGUCAGUAUACCAUGGAGGAGCUACACCAGCUGGCAUGGCAGACCCACACCUAUGAAGAGAUUAAAGCGUAUCAAAGCAAGUCCAGGGAAGCACUGUGGCAGCAAUGUGCCAUCCAGAUAACUCACGCCAUCCAGUAUGUGGUAGAGUUUGCAAAGCGAAUAACAGGCUUCAUGGAACUCUGUCAAAAUGAUCAAAUCCUACUUCUUAAGUCAGGUUGCUUGGAAGUGGUUUUAGUGAGAAUGUGUCGUGCCUUCAACCCAUUAAACAACACUGUUCUGUUUGAAGGAAAAUAUGGAGGAAUGCAGAUGUUCAAGGCCUUAGGUUCUGAUGACUUAGUGAAUGAAGCAUUUGACUUUGCAAAGAAUUUGUGUUCCUUGCAGCUGACUGAGGAAGAGAUUGCUUUGUUCUCCUCUGCUGUUCUGAUAUCUCCAGACCGAGCCUGGCUGAUAGAACCAAGGAAGGUCCAGAAGCUUCAGGAAAAAAUUUAUUUUGCACUUCAACAUGUGAUUCAGAAGAAUCACCUGGAUGAUGAGACCUUGGCGAAGCUAAUAGCCAAGAUACCAACCAUCACAGCAGUUUGCAACUUGCACGGGGAGAAGCUGCAGGUAUUUAAGCAAUCGCAUCCAGACAUAGUGAAUACACUCUUUCCUCCGUUAUACAAGGAGCUCUUUAAUCCUGACUGUGCCACCGUCUGCAAAUGAAGGCGACAAGCGAACUGUCUCAUAGUCGUGGAAUGCAUCACCAUUAAGACAAAAGCAAUGUGUUCAUGAAGACUUAAGGAAAAUGUCACUACUGCAACAUUAGGAAUGUCCUGCACUUAAUAGAAUUAUUUUUCACCGCUACAGUUUGAAGAAUGUAAAUAUGCACCUGAGUGGGGCUCUUUUAUUUGUUUGUUUGUUUUUGAAAUGACCAUAAAUAUACAAAUAUAGGACACUGGGUGUUAUCUUUUUUUAAUUUUAUUCAAGUAUGUUUGGGGAAACAACUGUUUAUAGAAUUUUAUUGUAGAUAUAUACAAGAACAGAGCAGUACUUUACAUGAUUACUUUUCCUGUUGAUUGUUCAAAUAUAAUUUAAGAAAAUUCCACUUAAUAGGCUUACUGAUUUCUAUGUUUUUAGAUAGGCGAUGCAUGUAUAAAUUUGUAGCUGUCUUGGAAAGCACUGUGCAGGUAUGUGAUAAGUAUAUAAUAUCUGAGAAUAUUAGAUAUGACUAUUACUUAUACACACACAUGCACUGUGGCUUAAAAUAUCAUACCUACUGGCAAAGGAGGUUCAGUCAGGCACUCUUACGUUAUUUACCUUCUGUGUUAUAUGUUACCUUUAUGUUAGACAAUCAGGAUUUUGUUUUUUCAGCCAGAGUUUUCAUCUGCAGUUAAUAGCAGAAUGGUAUCAAUUCAGAAAUAAGUUGAUAAAGGAAUAAAUAUAACGCAUGACCUCUGUAGAAAAACUCUGUUUCGAUCAAUGACAUCAAAGCCUUGUCAAAAUGGUACAUAUAGAAAAAAAAAUUAACUAUUUGGAGCCAUUUUCCUGUUUUAAGAAUUAGGCCACAGAAAACAUUGUGGAGUCCAGGGCCUUUUGACCAAACAACAGAUAUUUCCUAUUUUUUCACCAGGACACAAAAACCACCUUUUUUUCUUUGAAUUUCAAGUUGUGAGAGAAACUUGAUUUUGGUGCUUAUUGUAUCAACAAAGAAAUACAGUCGGUAGAUUAUGACCACCAGCAAUUUUUUCUAAAAAAAAUUGGAGUAAAAGAGUAAAUCAGAACCCAGGGUCCUUAUACCAUUUCAUGUAAACAUUUUUAUCUCUUUUGCAAAGAAGUAGAAAGAGAAUAUACAAAGCAAAGAAGUAGUUCUUAUGUUCAUUCUCUUUAAUAAGUUUGUUAGAAAAAAAAGGAGCAAUAAAUAAAGGGGGAGGCAGGACUUUCUAUGUUCUUCUAGUCUGGGACUUCUAAUUUUUUCAACUCCAAAAUGCCAUAUUAUAAAAAUAUAGUAAAACCUUGAUAGAUUAGAAUAAAAAGAUCUGUGUUAUUCUACAGAACGAAUGCACCCCAAAGCCAAAACUCUUUCUGGUGCCGUUUGAAAUUGCAUCAUCCAUCUACCCUGGGGUUAUUCUUUUAGCAACUUUUAAAAGUACAAAAUGCCAGAGUUGAGAUCAGGAUUAGACAACUUGGAUUUCCUAAUACAAGAUCUCACUUCUCCACUUGCCCUCCAAUCAGGAGCUUGUUCUGCUUAUGUUCUGGAGGCCUUGUGCCUUUAGUCUCAUUUGGUCCCAAACAAGAGUUUUUAAAAGGGAUCUAGAGAGGAGCUUUGUGUAUAAGACAGGGAAAAUUAUGAUCUGUAAGUGUAGCCUGGCCAUCAACUCAAGAAGACCUGCCCUUAUCUUACUAAUACUCACACACACACACAUACACACACACAAAUGCACACCUGCUUUGUGAAGUUUCCAUCAGUGGAAACUGAUUUUUUUUAAUCUUAUGCUCUCCUGAAGCUGGAUGGUUGACAGCCAUCUCCAUGAUGCCACGGUACUGCUCACUGAUGAUCAAACAGUAGUGUUCAUCUUGUCUUUUAGAAAACAGAGCCUUUUCCCACCUCAUGAUUGAUGAAUUCCAAACCAAUGGAGAAAAAAAGGCUUUAAAAUAAUGAAUCCCUUUCUCAACUACUGUUAUAUUCAAUUAAUUUAACUACACUGAACCAAAUUACCUUCAGUGUCUAAGAAGACAGCUGUAGACUGCUUAUUAUGCUGCUACAGGGACUCAGUUCUUUUUGGUGUAAAUGUCACUCCUGUUAGCUCUUUGUAUAAAGAAUUAAUUCCAAGAGUCAUAUUUCCUUCUAAUGGAAAGAUUACUUUACUGAUUGCUAGGAAAACAGGGUAAUGGAAGGCACUCAAUUAAACCAAGCUGUUUCCAAAUGCAAUGUAUGUUUUAUGAUUGGCUUGUGAUAGGCAAUGCUUAAUGUGUCUACUUGGCGUUUCCCUUUGAGCUUUGAACUUAUGUCAAACUUUGCUUUCAUUGUUCAGUUGGACUAGUGUUUCCUAUUGUCAGCCUGUAAUUCCUGCUCAGUUGCAAAGGGAACCGUUUGUUUCCUCCAAUUUACCUUGGAGGAUUUAAAUUGACUCAAUUGAUGAGGUGGCUGAGAAUUUUCCCUCCCUUGUCCCAUGGGUGAUGUAGGAAAAAGAUUGUUCCCCACACUGCCUCAGGAGGUCCUGGAUUUGAAUUUGUGUUGUUUCCACUGGUGCAAUCAUUUCACUGGGACGGCAUGAACCUUUUGAAGCUAGGGGACAGGAAACAGCUAACAACUGAACCAGAACAAAACAGUGGAAACCAGUACGCGAUCAGCCCCUUGCAGUUGAGAAAAGAGAUUUCCAAUUGUUGCCACAGUUGCCAAAUCUGUCCCUUGAAAGACAGCCAAGUCAUGUCUUCAGUGGUAACAAAGUACCUUUAAAAGCUGCCCUUUGAAUGUCUCCUGUGACUACCUCUGGAGGUAUUUUGAAAUUUUGGUUAACAACUUUCUUGACCACAUGCAACCUUUGUCCCUUCCCCAUGAAGACUCACAAGUGUUUGCAACACAUUCAUAGUAAGGUGGGCACCGGAAGAAAGGACCCAGGAUCUGUACUUCUCACGUCAUGCUUCGUAAAUGACAAUCACUGCUUGAUGCAGAUGUUGCACUGUAUCCACUCAGGGAUGUUUUGUUUUGUUUUUUUUUUUUUAAAAAGGUACACCAAGAAGGAGGGGGACAAAAAACAGGAAAAUGACAACAAAAUAUAAAUGGCACAAAUUAAACAUGCCAGUGAGAGAACCACUCUGACAAGGCUUUCAGACCAACGAGGGGUAACUUCAUGCUGUAAGCUGAAUUUACUUCUAUGUUUGGACUUGCUGAAAAAUUGCUCAUGAGUAACAACUUAGCUUCAUUUUCUAAAAUCUCCUGAGAGUCAAAUGAUCCAGUUGCCCCGUUUAUAGGAAUAGGUAUCUCCCAGAGAACCCAGGCUUCCUAUACAAGUCCUAUACAAGUCAGUGGCAUUCACCACUUGACAAGGGAGGUGACUUGUGGUCUGUGAAAAGAAAGGCAAGUUUUGGAGGGAACAUAGGAAAAUAAGGAAUUCCACAUCUGGCCUAACAUCUCAUCUCAAGCCCAGCUGUCUGUGACUCUGGUCCUCUUUGUAUUCCUUUUUCUGCAGCUCUUUUACCCCCCUCCCCCCCAAAGACUGAAAACUGAGGGUGGAGAUGUAGUUGACAAACAUACCCUUUCUGGAUCUCCCUUGUUUUAAAAGUGUCUUCAGGACUCUGAACCACUGGGUAGGUAAAAACAGACAAUACAGAGGUCUCUUAGGUAAUCAGAUUUCUUUGAUAGAAUCUAAGAGACUCUGGAUAUUAACAGUAGGUUCCAGGAGGCAUUAGUUCAUGUCCUAUCACAGCUGCCUGCUCCACACACAACUUCCCAGCAGUCAAGCUAAACUGCUUGUAGAAAACCUUGCACAUGGAUAGUCAAUUCACGCUCACUCUCUCCAGUCCCAUGUGUACCAGACUUGACUGCAAAAGCAAUUCUUAUGUCCCAAGGACACAACAUAACAGCUUUUUUCAAAGCCAUCAAUCAGAUGCAAAUUAUGUCAGUUUUGUUCUAUAUUCUGUUUCUAUUUAUCAUAGAAGCAAGGAAAACUUCUACUGCUAUUGGAAAUUAGAAGAAAUAACAUUUUCCUGAUUUCUUUCUCUCUCGAAGCUACUACAAGUGGCAGCAAGUUCAGACAAGGGCAUCUGUGCCCUGACAGAACUACCGUUUAAGAGAACAGCAAUAACUUGAAAGUGUGCAUCUGUAGUGACGGUUUGCACAGAGUCCCCUCUAACGAGAGCGGAAGUCCCACCAUCUGCUUUAGAUGAAGUGGUAUUUGAUUUUCUGUUCCCAACUGCUAAUCCAAACAGCAAUCUGAUAUGGGCAGCCACGUGUGUCUUCAGACAAGAGUUGGCAUCCUUUUGGGGUUGUUGGUAGGGGAGUAUCUCAGGACCAGAGAAACAUGUUUGUUUAAAGCUAAGUUUAAAAAUUCAACAGUCUAAGAGGGCCAGGGAGUUGAUGCAAAUGAGUGAAGCAGUCUGGUGGGAAGCUAGCAAGGAAAUGCCCCAAUGAAAAGGGGCAUCCAAGAGUCAGCUAAAGCUGAAAUAUUGCUAGUUUCUAAAUCUUAUGCAAUCUCUUGAGUCGUAAAUGUCAGUUGAUUCAAGGCUUAGUGCAGACCAAACAAACAUGUCUUGGGGCAGAAGGUGGUCACAGCCCCUGCAAAUCCAAUCGUGGGGCCUAUCUGACUGGAGCGAGUCUGACCAGAUACAACUCUGGGUGACAUUAGAGUCAGGGGUUCAGGGGCAAAAGGUCUUGCUCUUCUGACACUUAAUUUGGUUUCCAUAUUUGACUAGAGGAUAUAGUAAGAGGUCAGCUUUAAAAAUGGCAAACAAAUCUGAAAAUGAAAAUAAUUUCAUGAUGGCUUAUAAAAGACACUGUUUUGCCCAAACUUUCAGCUUCAUAGAGUCAGGUGGUUAGAUUUCUUGCCACUUUCUGUUUCUGAAAGUCCAAUGCACAAUUUUUAUGCUUUUGAGUCUCCGUGUGUUUCUUUAAAUGUGCGGUUUCAUAAUCUGCAAGUUCUUAUUUUUCCCUUGGUUGUGUCUAAAGAAUUUACUCCACAGUCACAAUAACAUAGUCCUCCAUUGUUCUGAAGUGAGGGACCAUGGAUUUUUUUGCAGCGAAUAGGGGUUGUCUGUUUGUGCACUUUUUUCCUUAGCUGUUGAAAUUCCUCCGAAAUGAAUUGGCCAUAGUAAUCUUUGCCUCCUGCAUGACUGUAAGCACGACCUCCAGUGGAGCAGGCAGAGCAGCUCAGUGAUUGUUCUUAUGGCCAAAAAUAAAGCACAAGUUUACCGAGAUUGAAUAAACCCAGUUGGGGGAAGCGCAGGGGAUGUGCACCCCCACUGGGCAGCGUGAUCCUUCUGUUAAACCAUACUCUUCAGGCAGUGGCUGAUGGAGGGCAUAUACCUGCCUGGGUCAUGACUGAACACACACACACACACACACACACACUAGGUAUGUCAGAGAAGCUCCGGACCACACCCCCAAGCACGGUACCGUCUGCUUCAUCUGAUUCACACACACACACACAGGAAUGGAAACUACACCUAUAGAAAAUUGAGUAUGUAUUGUAGAAAUGUAGAGGAAAAAAAAAUAUUUUUUCAGAUGUAAUUACCUUUAAUAUAUGCUUGUGGAAGGUCUAAUAUGAUGUAUGCUGUCUCUGUAAUUUUUGCUGUAAAUAACUGGAGACAGUGAAUACACUGAUUUUUCUAUGUCUCUGUUUAAGCAUAAGACUUUGUAAUGAUUUUUUUAGAGGGGGAAAAACCAACAAAGAGCGAAUAUGUACUUGCUUCCUUUCUGCGUGUUACGUACUUCUCAGAAACUGGUUGUAAUGGUUUAAGCAUCUUGAUGGGUCAUUGGUGUUAAGUGUACGCUUCCUUUUGUAAGACAGCUGAGAAAGGGACAGGGCUGUCAAUUAAAUCUGCUCCAAAGAAUCUGUAUUAAGAUUUCCCUAAGACUUGUAAACCCUAUCUGAACCAGACAACAUGAAAAAGGAAAGUUUUUUAAAAAAGAAAAAAAAAAAAUGUUGCCUGAGUAAGUCCUCUUUCCUUGUAGCAAAUGGCUUAGUCCAUAUCCUUUCUGCACGGAAUAGCUUAAGGAAAACAAGCUCUGCUUUCUGAUGAACAAAAUAUUUUUGUACACAUUUAUUUCGUAUUAAUAACCUAAGGUCAGAUCACUCAUUCGCUGAAGCCAUAACUGACCUUUACCAAAUAAAUGUUGUCAAGAACCUGGGGGAGGGUGGGGGGAGACUGAGAGGGAGGAAAGUUGAAGGUGUCAUGAGCUGUAACAACACAGGCAGGAGCAAGUCUGAUGAGUCUGAUGCUUUUCCUGCAUCCCAAACACAACUUUAAAAGGCUAAUAUUUUAUGAUGAUUGAUUUAUAAUAAAAAAAAGAUAUUUAGAUUUAAAUGAGACUUUCCAAUAUUUUUGAAAUCCCUGACAAUAAUUCCUUGCUUUUAGGACUGAGAGAAAUAAUUUUCAUGUACUUCCAACAUUCAGAGAUUUAAUGUUUUUACCUGAGCUCCAGCCCACACGUGUCAAGUAGAGAGCAGAGGUCUGAGUCCUCCAGCGUUGAAACCAUGUGGUCUGGGGCUUGGCUGUACCUACCAGCCACCACUGCACCUGGAAUGUGCAGCUUGCGUCUCUUACUAGCACGCGUGUCAUUGCUAGCAACGCAUACAACCUGCAUUGCCAGACUAUGUAAAAUAAAAGUAUUCACUCUAAAAAGCAUAAUAAUUAUAUUCUUUUUUUAAAGAAAUAAAGCCUCCUAGAGGCUUUGAUCUUUCUGGAGCUUAACUUACAUUAUUACAUGCAUUAUUAUUGGCUGAUAGGGGCAAAAGGCAAACUACAAAUAAACCCAGUGACAUAUGUAGUUUUAAAAUCUACAGUUUUCUGAUCUCUCUCUCCUUGUUUAAUAUGUAAGCCCUAAUUUCUGUGUACGUGAGUAAAACUGCAGCCUGAGUCAUUUAGGAAGUAAGCAUUGAGUUUUUUUUAUUAUAAAUAUACUAGAAUAAAACAGCACUCCCUAACAAUUAAAAAAAAGAGUUUUAUAUUACUUUAGAAUGUAAUAGGUUUUUGUCCUUAUUUUAUGUCCUGUAAAUUAUUAGUUGAAUACUGUUAGCAUUCCCUGGAUAAUGCACACAUGAUUUCUGAAUGUUUUCUGUAAAUGACAAUCAAUGUUUAUGAAGUUCCCUCCUUUAAUGCUGAACAAAAUUAAAAGAAGAAAAAGGAAAAAA